AUGAGCAAGCUUGCUGACUCUAAGAAUAUCCUCGUUCCCAGCUCUACGGAAAUGCUUAUGGAAAAGCUAGGCACUGCUGGAGCCAAGCAUGAAUUAGCAUUGAUUUCACAGAACACCGGAAUUCCGAUCGAGUGCUUACCAAUGUCUUCACAUGUUCGCUUCGAUGCUUGCCCCAACAUGGGUCAUGCGCAAGUCCUCUUGGUAUUUUCGCCACCCUUGACUGCAGCCCUAGUGUCGUCUCCUGGUUUGGUACGAUUAAUCAUCUUCUUGAUUAGAUUCCGCGAUAAUUCCACAUCCAAAUUCAGACGAAUCGAGGCAUGUAUCUGGAACUUUAGUGUGCUUGUAGUCAGCAGUACGCCAUGUGAAGCAGACGUGACGUGCAAUCGAGAUGCAGACGAAGGGCCGGAUGUACAAUUGGCAUAUAGUUUUGCGAAUGACACCAAAGAAUGCCGACAAUGGAGACUCAAUAUCUGUCCAGCAUUAGUACAAACACCUCGCGAGCGUUACGAGACAGUCUGCCACCGAAAUCAGCUAGUUCGCCAGGCUUACAUCCAGUCGUCAAUGACUGCCACAAUGCUCGCCAAUGCACAGCUGUCGAAUCAUGAAAUCGACAAUGUUUACCUAACAGUCCUGCAGGACUUUCAGCCACACAGCGGCGUGAGGAUCUUCUGCGGAGAUCGGGUACCUGGACCGGCAUAUAAUGCAGAUUAUUCGACCGCUGCACUAUGCAUCCGCGGCCUACUUCCGCUAGCGCAACAAAGCGGGAGGGCAUUCGAUCUGGCUCUCUGCAGCGUUUUAACGCUGUACUUAGGAAUGCUCCGUUCAGAUGCUGGUCUUAUUCAAGUAGCCAAAUUUUCAUACGCAGAUGCGUUGGGAUUGUUCCAUGUUGGGGCCCGUAGCGCUCCGAAUCGCGUCAAAAUACUCGCAUGUGUAGCUUUUGCACUACAGCUGUACGAGGUAAAUGACAUUCUGAUUGAUCAGGUGGACAUCUCGAGUGUCGCCUUCGAAACCCAUAUUGAAGGGGCAAUAGAGCUCAUCCGAGAAUGCGGGCCUUCUGCUUUCACAUCAUCGGCGUUUCAGAAUACUUUCAGCAGCUUUCGCAACAUUCUAGUAAGUCCCGGGCUCAAAUCCCAUCGUCACUACGGCCGAGCUGAGCUUCAGGUCGGACACAGCAUAACUCGCAGGCGUCCGUCUUUCCUGCAUCAGCCAGAUUGGCUACUCAUGCCAUUCAUAGGACGAAGAAAGAGCUCCUUAUUCCUGAGCGUCUUCACAGGUUCUCGAGGCGAGAACUUUCAGAGUGAAGUCGAACAGCUGCUGCAAGACAUUGAUGAAUUGUUGCGUCAACUGAAGACGUGGUUCGGACAUGCCAGUCUCGAAUACGGCGGCACUGCUGUACGUCCCGGCGGUACCGGCUCGAGCACGUUGCAAAGCACUCUGUCGAAUACUCCGAGCUCUUUCAUGUCUUUUGAACGUGGAGACCUGAAGGUCCAGUUCCCAAAUGGGCCGGCGGCUGGGCUCUUCAUGCACUACUGGGUAAGUCUGUUGGACCCUCAAGAAUUCGCACCAUUCGGUUUCUGUAGUGUCAUACCCUGGAGCUGCAUAUAUCUCGAUCUUGCUGGAGAAGAUUAUAAGAUAGCCUCAAUGAAGUUGCUAUCAUCCAGAGCAGCUGCGCGGGAAGCGGCACUACUGGCUCUCGAAGCAUCGACGUGGCCUUCGUCAACGCUUGAAGGUAUCGUGGCGCUGCAGUUUCCACUCAAGACGCUGGAAAGGUACUUCAGCUAA